AUGUUUACUAACUUUCAGUAUGAUGGAUACGAUGGUUACGGUGGAGGAGGCUACCCUCCCGGCCCGCCUGGAGGAUACGGAGGAGGUGGAUUUGGAGGAGGUUUUGGGGGCCCGCCGGGUUUCGGAGGGCCAGGUUAUGACGUUGCGCAGAGUCCGCUUGAUGCUGAAGUUCAGGUUGUCAUAAGAGAGAUUCAUAACGAACUCGGCUUGUUCGAUGCAUCUGGAGAGUAUGGAGAACAGUUCAAAAAUGCUCGCCGUCUGUUAGCUGCUGAGUCUGAUAAACUGGAAAACAAUAUUGAUCCGGAAUGGUUGGAGGUUGACAUUCCGAAACCAAUCAAAGUCACAAAGAAAGUGCUUAUUCCCAAUUUCCGUCAUCCCAGAUUCAACUUUGUUGGAAAAAUCCUUGGACCCAAAGGGGCGUCAUUGCAAGCGAUGGCAAAGCAGCACAAGUGUCAUAUCUAUGUACUUGGACGCGGCUCUACAAAGGAUAGGAAUAAGGAACAAGAGCUCCUCAAUUCUGGAGAUCCACAGUACGCACACUAUGGUGGCCCACUGCAUGUCAAGGUAGAAACCAUUGCACCUGCCCAUAUUGCUUAUCAGAGGGUUGCUGGCGUGUUGGAAGAAUUAAACCGCAUUUUGCAGCCAAUUCGUGAAGAUACCACGCCUGGUCAUCUGAAAGAAGGUGAAAAUGGAACGGGAAACUCUGGGCCAACAGAGGGUGGUGACAGCAAAAAUGGCGAUGGUGGUGAAAAGCAGCAGAACCAGAACUCGUUUGGUGGAGGUGCAAAUCGUGGAGGUUUUACUGAUCGCGGGCGCGGUGGUGGCCGUGGGGGCCCUCGUGGAGGUUUUCGUGGACGCGGUGGACCAGGGGGAGCAGGCAGAGCAAGAGGGCGAGUUGAAUGA